CUUUGCAGAAGCGAGAAGCCGCCGAGACGCUUUCCCGCGCCUGGGAAGAACUUUCCGCCCGGCCGCCGCCGCCUCUCUCCCUCCGCCGGGGGGCGGCGAUGCGGGGCCGCCGUGCCCUUGAAUGGCGCGCCUCCGCGUCCUGCUCCUCCUCUUCUCUCCUUCGCCCCAGCCGCGCCUGAGCGGGGCUUGAGGAGGAUGCGGCUCCUUCUGCGAGCGAGACCUUGACGGAGCUCGGCUUCCCGGCCCCCUUUCCGCCAGCAUGGGCUACACGGACCCCACUUCCAGCCGGGAUCUGCUGGGGAACCGAACUUUGCUCUUCAUCUUCAUCUGCGCCUUCGCCGUCGUCACUCUCCUGCAGCAGAUCCUGUACGGGAGAAACUAUCUCAAGAGUGGGCUGCAGUUUAGCUGGCAGAGUGGAGAGGAAAUGGCCAAUUGGACCGGCAGCCUCAAUUUCACGGAUGGCGGAGCUCUGAGGAGUGGCGGUGACACUGGCACCAGGUACUUUGAGUUUUAUGAAGGUCCUUUGGAGUACAACUCCACAAAAUGCCUGGAGUUGAGGCAGGAUAUCAUUUCGGUGAAGGUUCUCUCGAUGGUGAAGCAGACAGAGUUGUUUGAAAGGUGGAAGAACCUUCAGAUGUGCAAGUGGGAGAUGAACAUCACCGAAGCCAGGCAGUUCAAGGCUACUCUGUCGAGGUGCUGCAAUGCCCCAGCCUUCCUCUUCACCACCCAGAAGAACACUCCUCUGGGAACAAAACUCAAAUACGAAGUGGACACAAGCGGCAUCUUUCACAUCAAUCAAGAAAUAUUCCGAAUGUUUCCAAAGGAAAUGCCGUACUAUCGCUCCCAGUUCAAGAAGUGCGCUGUGGUUGGAAACGGAGGGAUUCUGAAGAACAGCAGAUGCGGCCGGGAGAUCGACAGUGCCGAUUUUGUGUUCCGGUGCAAUUUGCCUCCCAUUUCUGAGAAAUACGUUGUAGAUGUUGGUGUAAAGACUGACGUCGUGACAGUUAACCCCAGCAUAAUCACCGAAAGGUUCCACAAGCUGGAGAAGUGGAGGAAGCCCUUUUUCGAGGUCUUGCAGGUGUACGAAAACGCCUCGGUCCUGCUGCCGGCUUUCUACAACACCCGCAACACGGACGUCUCUACCCGGGUCCGGUACGUCCUGGACGACUUCGAGUCCCAGCAGGCUGUCUACUUCUUCCACCCGCAGUACCUGAUCAACGUCUCGCGCUACUGGCUGACUCAAGGGGUGCGCGCCAAGCGCAUCAGCACGGGCCUGAUCCUGGUGACAGCGGCCUUGGAGCUGUGCGAGGAAGUGCACCUCUUUGGAUUCUGGGCUUUCCCGAUGAACCCCUCAGGGAUAUUUAUCACCCACCAUUACUACGACAACGUCAAACCUCGGCCGGGAUUCCACGCCAUGCCUUCGGAAAUCUUCAACUUCCUCCAUAUGCAUAGCAGAGGCAUUCUAAGGGUACACACGGAUGCCUGCGCCUGAUGCUGAGGGGUCAGGACAAGAGGAAGCUUGGUUAUUCUCCCGAGUCGUGUAAAGGAAAGGGAGGAAGGGAGACGACACGCCGGCAGCCCUGGGUCUCGAGAACCAAAUUGCACAACUGGUUUUUUUGUAAGGGGAAGAGUCUCCGCAAGGCUGCUUUGGCACCUUUCUGCAUCCGUGUCUUGUGAAAGAGUCCCCGUGUUACGGCUAUCAGCUGCCACGUUCUGAAAAAAGACUUGCGGCUGUGCAGAUUGUGUAGGAGAGGGUGGAGUGGUGGUUGUUUUUUUUUUAUAUAACGACAUUGAGAAAUUUAUGCAAUAAUGUUUGAUAACCAUACAUUUCUCCAAAGGCUUUGCGUUCCUCGUGAGCUGGGGUUUCCGACACCCUCCCUCGCUUCGCCAGCCUUGUAGGGUGGCUGCCGUUUGGGCUGAAGCCGACCUUCUCUCCACCGCAGGAAUCCACACCCUGCCUUGGAGCCCGUGAUGAACAGGAGAAGCACAUUGAUUAGUGGUUUUAAGCCAGAAAUAGAGCACAUCACUGUAACGAUUCCUUAUUUCGCCUCGAGGAAUGCACCAAACCUGAGCGUACUUGACAAAGCUGAGGAUCUAGACCCGUUGUUCUUAAGGUGUAGUGCCAAUGCCCUUAUGUGACAACGUUAGCACUCAUCAGGGGGUGCUCAAGGAAAACACUGUAAGGCUGCAUCUACUCUAUACAUUUGAAGCCCAAGGCUUCCACGGCAAGAAUUCUGGGGACUGUAGUUUACCCCCUCGCUGAGCUACGAUUCCCAGCACCCUUAACAAACGAUGGUUCCCAGGAUUCUUUGCGGGAAGCCACGAGUGUUACUUAUUUAUUUUUUCCAAUAAGAUUUUUGUUAUACAGCUACCUAAGUUGCAAGGUAAGAAAAAGAAGCAAUAGAAGAAGGGAAAGGGACAAUAGAGAUAGAGAGAAGAGUGGAAAGGGAGUUAAAAAGCAGAAACAGAGAAACUGCUUUAAAUGUGUGGUGUGGAUGUGGCCAAAGGGGCAUUGUUUCUGUGCCCUGUCUGCAAAUCUGCUGUUUCCCCUUUUAGUUUUCCAUAAGUACCACGGGCAGGAAGAUCAGGGUUCAGAGGUUGUUGAAAUAAUACACAUCUCUUUCCUCUCCCUGCCAGGCUGCUCUCUUAAACAACUUACUGUGGAUUCAGGCCCGUCCUAGCCGUAGAGGCUAGUGGCGCGGAGAACCACGGCGCCGGGCGCUGGAGGGCGCUGGAAGGGUGCCAAGUGAGUGCAGGGUUCUGGCGAUCUGGCCAGGACUGCGCUCCUUCUCCGAUGACUCCGCGCUGCGCCUCCUUCUCAUUUCCCCAGCGCUGGGUUCCGCUCAGUCGA